AUGGCAUUUUGGCGCACCCUCCUCAGAUUAUUUUGUAUACUUACAUUUGUGCUUACGGCAAUCUCAACACCACCUGAAGAUCCUAUCAAGUGUGUGUCAGGAAAUACAAAUUGUACGGUGACUAACUCAUACGGAGCCUUCGCUGAUCGUUCCACCUGUCGAGCCGCAAACGUGGCAUACCCAACAACCGAAGCCGAGCUCGUCUCUGUCGUCGCUACAGCCACUAAAGCCGGACGGAAGAUGCGUGUAACCACUAGAUAUUCCCACAGCAUCACCAAGCUCGUUUGUACCGAUGGAACCGACGGUUUGCUUAUAAGCACAAACUUUCUAAACCACACGGUGCGAGCCGAUGUAGAGGCCAUGACUUUGACGGUUGAAACCGGCGUGACUCUUAGGCAGUUAAUAGCGGAAGCGGCUAAGGUUGGAUUGGCGUUGCCUUAUGCACCGUAUUGGUGGGGACUCACUGUGGGUGGAAUGAUGGCGACUGGGGCUCACGGAAGCUCAUUGUGGGGUAAAGGCAGUGCUGUCCAUGAUUAUGUGACGGAGAUCAAGAUGGUUAGUCCUGGCUCGGUCAGUGAUGGGUUUGCAAAGGUUAGAGUCUUGGGCGAAUCUAUGACUCCUAACGAGUUCAAUGCUGCCAAGGUUUCUCUUGGUGUUCUUGGAGUUAUCUCUCAGGUAACUUUUAAGUUGGAACCGAUGUUCAAGAGAUCUUUAACGUAUACUAUGAGAAGUGAUUCGGAUUUUGGGGAACAAGCCAUGACAUUUGGAAAGAAACAUGAGUUUGCCGAUUUCAUAUGGUUACCAAGCCAAGGAAAAGUAGUGUAUCGAAGGGAUGACAGUGUUCCGGUCAACACAUCGGGCAAUGGUUUGUUCGAUUUGGUGUUGUUCCGUUCACAGCUCUCCGUGGCAAUCACCACCAUAAGAUCAUCAGAGGAGACGCAAGAGACGUUGAGAGAUGCGAAUGGGAAGUGUGUAGGAGCCAAAGUACUUACAUCUGCACUGUUUGCUACCUCAUACGGUUUGACCAACAAUGGCAUUAUAUUCACCGGUUAUCCAGUCAUUGGAAGCCAAGACCGUAUGAUGUCGUCAGGGUCGUGUCUUGAUAGCCUUCAAGAUGGAUUGAUCACGUCGUGUGCAUGGGACUCACGAAUAAAAGGCGAGUUUUAUCAUCAAACAGCUAUCAGUGUUCCUCUAACACACGUUAAAAGUUUUAUUAACGACAUCAAAUCUCUUAUCAAGAUCGAGCCGGAAUCUCUAUGCGGCAUUGAACUCCAUUUUGGUAUUCUAAUGCGUUACGUCACAUUGUCUCCGGCUUAUCUAGGGCACGAAUAUGAAGCCCUAGAGUUUGAUAUAACUUAUUACCGAGCUAAGGACCCCUUAACACCUCGGCUAUAUGAAGAUUUUAUUGAAGAAAUCGAGCAAAUUGCAUUGUUCAAGUAUAAUGCAUUGCCACAUUGGGGUAAGAACAGAAACUUAGCGUUUGAUGGAGUUAUUAAAAAGUACAAGAAUGCGCAUGCAUUUCUGAAAGUAAAAGAAAGCUAUGAUCCGACCAGUUUAUUUUCGAGUGAAUGGACCGAUCAGAUCCUUGGAAUCAAAGGACACGCGACGAUUGUGAAAGAUGGAUGUGCGUUGGAAGGUUUGUGUGUAUGUUCGGAGGAUGCUCAUUGUGCUCCGACCAAAGGAUAUUUGUGUCGGCCGGGAAAAGUUUACAAGGAGGCUAGGGUAUGUACACGUGUCAGUGGUGUAAGUGUGAUUCAGUGA